AUGUCUAUGUGGAAAAACCUGUCGGACGGCACUAGUGCUGUCCGCGCUCACCGGUCGGACAACACUGUAUCCGCCCGCAAACAAGGGGGCCUGACGGCUGGAAAACGUACCGAGUUGGAAGACAUUUUUUUGCCGAAAAUCGCCUGUAUGGCCAUGCGGGAGCUGGUGAGCGGUGGCGCCGCCUGCGCGGUGCCGGGUUCCUCUUCUUCUUCUAACCCUCUCGGUGCUCUCGCCAACGCCCUUAUUGGCUCAUCCUCGAAAACUCAGCAGGAAAGGCUUCGAGAGAUACCUACUGCAACCACUACGAUAUCAGAUGGCAAUGUAUAUUCAGGGGUAGAAGAACCCUUUUCAGCAGCCCUUCCAGGAUCGGAGAUGGAGCAUGCACUACAUCCUAAUACCCAGGGCUCUGAAUUCCUUCAAGGCUUUCGCUCUGCAGAUCAAAGUAGGUUUUCUGAUGCUUGGGAUGAGAUUCAGAGAGCUCCACCUGGUCCAACAUACUUUCCUUUAGAGAAACCUCGACUUCCGCAAGAUUUUGAUGGGCCACCACAAAGAGUAUUGUCAAACUUCUUGCACUCAUUUCUUCAUAGCAAUCAUGGUAGCAUACCUUUUCGUCCAACUUCCCUUCCAGUUUUAGGAUUGUCUGAAGGUGAUAAGCAAUGCAUACGAGACCGCAGCAGUAUUAUGGCUCGUCAUCUUUUUGCAGACAAAAGUGAAGACUUCAUUCACGCACAGGUUAAUGCCCUCUUGUCGUCUUUAGAUAUUGACAAUGAUAUCCGGGCUAGAGGUCCGAUUCCUGGUCGGUAUCCGGAGCUAGAGGAGUAUUGGAAUGAGUCCCAAGGUGUGAAACCUGGGAUGCCUGGUGCAGAUGGGUGGGUUUCUGAAUUCAUGCAACAUCAAGUACCUCAUGAUGAUCCAAAUAUGUGGGUUCAGUCAUUUGAACGACAACAUGGUUCGAAUGGUUGGGCGUCUGAGUUUGAGCAUGAACAGUCCCAGCUUGCUUCAAUUGACCAAAUGAGAGGUUCAAAUAUUGCUAACUUAGCUGCCAUGGAGCAGACUCGUGCAUUAGCACACACACUCGCUCAAAAUAAUGAUCCAAAGUUUCAGAAUUCAAAGUUCCUCCAGUUUGUAUCGAAAAUGAGUCGUGGUGAACUCACCAUCGAGGAUAAUCAAUUCAAGCCAGCAACAUUGUCUGCUCCUGGAGACUGGGCAACAGAAUACGAGCAGCAAUACAGUGGAGGGCAAUCAUGGGUUAACCAAUUUGCAAAUGAGCAGCUGUCACAUGGACCUCAUGGCUGGGCAAAUGAGUUUGCUGCUGAGCAAAAGCAACAUGGAGAGGAUGAGUGGGUCAAUGAAUUUUCCAAAUUAAAUGUCAAUGACUGGUCAGAAGAAUUUGAGCGCCAGGUUGCCGAUGGAACUUUUGGUGAUGGUUCUGCUGAUAAUUGGGCAAAUGCUUAUGAUGACUACCUUAAUGAGCAAGCAGCACUAAAGCAGAAAUCAGGAACAUCACGGGGUGUGUAUGUGUUUUCUGAUAUGAAUCCGUAUGUUGGCCAUCCUAAUCCUUUAAAGGAAGGGCAUGAACUUUUCCGCAAGGGGCUUUUAAGUGAAGCAGUUCUUGCAUUGGAAGCCGAGGUUCUAAAGAAUCCUGACAACGCUGAAGGUUGGAGGUUACUUGGUGUAGCUCAUGCAGAAAAUGAUGAUGAUCAACAGGCAAUUGCAGCCAUGAUGCGUGCUCAAGAAGUUGAUCCAACGAACCUGGAAGUUCUUCUGGCUCUUGGUGUGAGCCAUACAAAUGAAUUGGAACAAGCGGCUGCCCUGAAGUACUUGUACAGCUGGCUACGUCAUCAUCCCAAGUAUGGAGCUAUUGCCUCCCCAGAUCAGCCUGAGAAUCUGUACUAUGCUGAUGUGGCUAGGUUGUUUAGUGAUGCAGCGAAACUGUCCCCUGAUGAUGCUGAUGUACACAUUGUUCUUGGAGUGCUGUACAAUUUAUCCAGAGAAUAUGAUAAAGCCAUUGAUGCUUUUCAGACAGCUUUGAAACUUAAACCCCGUGAUUACUCUCUUUGGAAUAAGCUUGGUGCAACACAAGCUAAUAGUGUCCAGAGUUCUGAUGCAAUUUUGGCUUAUCAACAGGCUCUAGAUUUGAAGCCUAAUUACGUGCGGGCAUGGGCGAACAUGGGUAUCAGUUAUGCCAAUCAGGGCAUGUAUGAAGAUUCAAUUCGUUACUAUGUCCGGGCGUUGGUAAUGAACCCCAAGGCGGAUAAUGCCUGGCAGUAUUUGAGAAUCUCAUUGAGCUGUGCAUCACGGAAUGACAUGCUGGAAGCUUGCGACUCGAGGAAUCUUGAUAUUCUGCAAAAAGAAUUUCCCCUGUGA